AUGGACACCCAGAAAAAUGUUAAACCACCAAAGCAGCAGCCAAUGAUAUAUAUUUGUGGGUGUCACACCGAAAAUGAGAUAAAUCCAAUCAGAUGCAGAGAAUAUGGAUACAGAACAAAGUACAAGAAAAGAACUAAAAGAUUGGUGGUUUGUGAUGCUCGAUGA